GCAUGCGCUGCAAGUGUUUGAGUGGCCAUUACGGGGGAGGAAAAGGAAACGGCGAUGGUUUCACAUUUGCACCGACGCAUACUUUUAAUAGAAUUAGCGAAGAAAGAGAUUCAAAUAUUUGAUUUAGAAAACUUCCUUGGCCGCCACCUUCUGCGGACCUCAAGAUACGACCAAACAUCCCACAACAUCUUCUGCAGCACCAUCAGUUUCUGUUUACAUCUGGGCGUAUUUUACUCAAAGUUAUCUGUAUAGUGCAGCUGAUAUCAUGCUGGGAGAUGCUUUUGGACAUCGUGUCGAAUCAAGCGUGGAGAAUAAAGCAAUGAAGAUAAGCAGAUCAAAACAAGCGCUCUUGAAGAAGAGAGGUCGAAACGUUCAUAGUAAACACAACAAAGCAUCAGCAAACAGCAACAAAAGCAGCUUUAAAUCUCCAUUAACCACCCAUGAAGAGCUCAAACCAGCUCAGUCUAAACCAGCCACGAAUAAACAACAGCCGAAGUCGAACAUCAAGUGUGAUGAGCGAGGAAGCCACAGGCUUGAGCAAACCAACGAGAAGCUGAACAAACGCAGGCAGAGGAACGCGCCAGACAACACUCAGAUCUCCAUGCGCUCGGAGAAGAUCCCGCUGAGGAGGACGAGCGUCUGCGCCCCCGAGCUCCAGACGUACGCCGGAGCCAAGUUCAGCGAGCCGCCCUCGCCCAGCGUCCUCCCCAAACCGCCCCGGCACUGGGUGGGCGAGCGCCGCCUCCAGCACGACUGCAGCCGAGAGCAGAUGUCCGAGCACCUGAAGAGCUUGCUGAAGGUGCAGCCGGAGCCCUGACACACACACACACACACACACGUCUCGUUGCAGAGAACUGUUGUUUCGGAAAGCACUCUCAAGUUAAACUUAAAGACUUGAAAAUAAAGUGUAUAUUUUUU